AUAAACCCUAAUGGAUAUUAUUCAACCAAUUCAGAAAAAGAUACAUCAGAGAGAAAAGAAAUUCAAUUGAUGGCACCAAGUGGGGAAGCCCAAAUAAAUUUUGUCCCCAAAUCUGAAUGGAAAGAUCAACCUGACGCCACUAUUCUCACUAUUGAUCUUCCAGGUUUUACAAGGGAGCAAGUAAAAGUAACCUUUGUGCAUGCCUCAAAGAUGUUAAGAGUCACCGGAGAACGUCCCUUAGGUUAUCGGAAAUGGAGCUGUUUCAACGAAAUGUUCACUGUUCCACGGAAUUGUCUAGUGGAUAAAAUCCAUGGGAGCUUCAGCUUCAACACCCUAACAAUCACCAUGCCGAAGGAGACAAUUACAAAGAUGCCUAACCUUGCAGAAACUCCUAAAACUGUGGCUGAGAGGGUGGAGAAGCUAGAGGAGAAGAGACUGUUGGAAGUAGCUAGAAGGAAGGAAGAGGAGGCUGAGAAGAUCAAGAAGCUUUUGGAAGAGAAAGAGGGGAUAAUUAAGAAGCUUCAAGAAGAAGCUAAAGCAAAAGAGAUGGCUGAGGCGAAGAGGCUGCAAGAAGAGGCUAAAGCAAAAGAGAUGGCUGGGGCAAAGAAACUUGAAGAAGAAGCUAAAGCAAAAGGGAAGCUUGUGGAAGAAGCUACACCAGAGAAGAGCACCCAGGAGAAGAAGCCUCUGGACUCUACCAAAUCCGUGUCUGAAAGAGUAAGCAAGGUUGUGAAAUCAGCAGAAGAGAAACUAGGUUAUUUGGGAGAGAAGGAAAAGAAAAUAAGGAAAGGGAUAAUGGAGAAAGUAAAGGGAAAAGAUUUAACAAGCGAAGAGAAGAAGUCAAUGGUGAAUGUAGGAGUGGCUACCUUGGUUCUGUUUGCUCUUGGAGCUUACGUUUCCUACACCAUUUGCUCAUCUUCCUCCUCUUCCUCUUCUACAUCUUCAUCUUCUUCGUCUCCUUCAUCUUCUUCGUCUCCUUCUAACAAACCAGAAUGAUAUGUUCUAAAGAAGUUGUGAGAAGGAGAACAUUUAUACUUUGUAAAUGUGGUAUAUUCUGAAAUAUAAUAAAAGUUCUAUUGA